CUGCUAGGCAAGAUUGUACUGAAGUAAUUCUGUUGGUGUGAAUGUGACAUUACAUCAUCAGAAAAAAGAUUUAAAUUGUGUGAGGGAUGUGGCCAAGUCACAGUCUGGAACUUCACAACUCAGUCGAAGAUCUAUAACUGCUACCAUGCUGUGGACAAAAGAGCGUAGCUAUUCUGUCCUGGUUGUUGAUUGCAUUACUCUGAUCACCGGUCUCCCUGCCAACCUGCUGGCUCUCUACACCUUUAUCCGAAAGGUGAAACAGCGUCCUACACCUCUAGACGUGCUCUUGCUCAGCCUUAAUAUUUCUGACCUUCUCUUCCUCUUCUUCCUUCCAUUGCGCAUUAAAGAGGCAGCUGACAUGAAAUGGAACAUGCCCUUUUUCCUUUGUCCGCUUUCAGGAUUCAUCUACUUCAGCACCAUCCACAACAGCACCUUGCUCUUAACAGCUAUCAGUGUGGAGCGCUAUCUGGGAGUGGCCUUUCCCGUCAAAUACAAACUCAAGAGAAAUCCUCGGUAUGCUGUGAUUGCCAGCAUCAUAUUCUGGAUGGUUUCCAUGGCCAAUUGUAGUAUUGUGUACAUUGUGGAGUACCAUAAAGACAGCAACAACACUGCCAACAGGACAUCCUGUUACAAAGAGUUUAGCAAAGAGCAGCUGGACCUCCUUUUACCUGUCCGUUUUGAGUUGUUUAUUGUCCUGUUCUGCAUUCCUUUUCUCAUCUGUUGCUUCUGCUACAUCAGAUUCAUCAUGAUCCUCUCGAAUUUACCUAAUAUCAAUCCUCAGAAACGCUCCAGGGCCGUUAGCCUUGCUUUAGUCACCCUUCUGGUUUUCACCAUCUGCUUUGUACCAUUCAAUGUGUCCCAUGUGGUAGGUUUUAUUACAUGGAAUAGUCCUCAAUGGAGAGUCUACACAGUACUACCCAGCACCUUCAAUGCCUGCUUGGACCCCUUUGUCUUUUAUUUUUCCUCAACAGCAAUUAGAGGAACUUUCAACCACAUAAUGCGACAGUUCCUCAACUGGCUUCAGCGUUCUGUGUGUCAGAAGAUCUGUCUGCAGCUUAGCCGCACUACUGCUUAUGAGGAGAGAACACAGAGUUCCAAUGAUACUUGAGAUUUGGUAUAGAUUGAAAGCUGAUAGCUGAUCAAAUGCUGGAGUUGUAAUGCAGGAGGAGAAAAAGGUGGGCUCUUUUUUUAGACAAAUUUCCGCUUAUUACUAUCAUGGAACUGGAAUCCAAAAAUCUGCAUAUAUAUAAUUCAGGAGCCAUCUAAAUAAGUAUGAAGACAGCAUAGGGUGUAGGGUACCUUCUACUCACCUGCUUAGAACAGUGUUCUAAUUUAACAUCAGUGUUAGGUGAGUUAUAAUGCAGGACUAAACUUGUGGUUUUAUGUCUACAAAGCGCUUAUAUACUGAUGAUAUACUGACUUUAAAAAAUGCUUUCAUAUUUUUGCAUUUCUAUUAACUUUGAGUUUUAAGAUUACUAAAAUAAGCUAUAAGAAUUUAAGAGUUUUAGUUCUGAAUAUUUCUUUAUUGCUGUCUGUCUCUUGUGAUUUAGGCAUUUAAUUGAGUAUAUGAUUAUUAUUCCUGAGGGAUCAGUGCCCAUGUUGAGUUUAGAAUUGCCAUCUGUUAUUAUUAUUAUUAUUAUCUUUCUCUGACUCAACUAUCUAGACGCUUUCACUUCUGCAAGCAAAUAGCAAAAAUGGACCAAUUAUUAAAGGUUAAUCAUGACAGCUGUUUCAUUUUGUCAGACCGUCAGCUGGAAGUGAUCAGCUGGAUGUAAAACGUCAUCUGCUUUUAUUGUUUUAUGUGAAACACUUUUAUGAUUGUGAGAAAACACAAGGUCAGAGCAAAUGUCUUUGUAAUUCAAAACCAAAGAAAGGAUGAUGCAAAAUUAAGAAUGAUCUAACACAUCAAGUAACACAUUUUUUCCAUUAUACAUGUUUAUAGUUUUUUUUUCUAUCAAUUUACAAUAAGCAUUAUGUUACUUUGAGAAAUUAUUAA